AUGACAACGGAUCCUGCAUUGAAGCUCAGGUCAGCUAAGGACUCAUUGGUGUCUUCGCUAUUCGAGUUGUCGAGGUCAGCCAACCAGACGGCAUCGUCGAUCGUUGACUUCUAUAAUGCAGUUGGCAGUGAUGAGGAGGAAAAGAUUGAGGCUUUCACUACAUUGACCGAGUCGCUGCAGAAGCUUACUUCUGCAACGAACCAGUUGCACGGAAUCAGUUCAGACCUGGUUAAUCCGCUUGACGAUGACAAAGAAAGCGUGAUUUCCGCUCCCGUGGCAGGCAAGCAAGCUGCCAAGAAGAAGGUGGAGCGUGAUCCCAAUGCUCCAAAGAAGCCGUUGACCGUCUUCUUUGCGUAUUCCGCGUUUGUGCGCCAGGAACUUCGAGAUGCUAGGCAGAGGGCGGGCUUGCCUCCGCUCUCAUCGACGGAAAUCACUCAGGAGAUUUCUAAGAAGUGGAAGGAACUCAGCGAGGACGAGAAGGAGAAGUGGAAGCAAGCCUACAACGUCGAGCUGGUUCACUAUCAGACUGAGAAACAAAAGUACCUGGAAGCCAAGAAGAAUGGUACUCUUCCUGCGUUAGAGGCUCCCCCCAGCAGCGCUCCAAUUCCCGUUCCUUUCGAUCGCCAACAUGAAGAGAGUUACGAACCUCGCGCAGAGAAGAGGUCCCAUGAAGAAUCAGGCUCCGGGACCUCUGAGAAGAAAAAGAAGAAGAAGAAGAAGGACAAAAAGAAGGACUCUUCUAGCCACCACUAG